AUGGCUAUACACCUUUCUUCUUCUUCUUCUGUCAUCUUUCCUUUACCUGUUUUCUUACUUCUCUCUAUAUUUUGCUUAUCCUCAGUUUCUUCUUCUUCCAAUAUUCCUGAAAUUCCAUACUCUUAUCACUGCUCUUCAUAUGUAUCUGAGUCUACCCCGACUCAACGUGUUCAUCAUUCUGACAUUUUACCUUACCUCUCCACUGCGAGUAGCUACUACCAUGGCGGUGAGAGUUUAUGGACCAGUAAAUCACUUGGUCAGUUGUCUAAUACCUCCAUCAAUUCUCUUACCUUCCAGCCCACCCAGAAAUCCGCUUACACGACAGAGGAUCCUGAAAUUUUUAAACUUAAAGCGUCCUUGACGCUCAGACCCUCUUAUGUGGAGGAUGAUUCUUAUAAAUAUUCCAGAUAUGGAUCCUAUGGGUGGUCGUAUUAUGCUGCUGGGAAUUACAGUGGGCCACGGGAAUUGUCGUUCCUCUUGAGCGGCUAUUUCUCGGAGAGUUCUGGGAAGCUUUGCAUGGUGGGAUCAGCUUCCUGGUAUUCCAAGGAAGGGAAGCCUGAGUAUGUUGAAGCCGUUCUCAGGCUCUCUUUUGCAAAGAAGAACUCCGACAUCUCCAGCGGUUUUGUUCAUGGAAGCCUGCAGAGCCUGGGGUCAAACAAGGAUUCGAGGUAUUUUGAGGAAAUUAAGAUAUUUGCUUUCACUGAUGUUGAGUCCUACAAGUAUUCACUGGCGUCCAAGGAUCUUGGAGCUGUCUGCAAAGGCGGAGUCACAACUCAGAAGAACCAAUCACUUAGCGUGCGGCGAAGAAGCUUUUGCUCUGCAAUUCGGGAGAAUUACGGUAGUUUUGAGUUGGAGCAUGCUGGGGACUGUAAACCUUCAAAGAACUGCAGCCCUGUGGAUGGGGUUUUGGGAUAUUCUCCUCGCUUCAUGUCCCUGAAUCAAAUUCAAUGUUCUGAUCAAGAAAGAAAGGUGAGAUUCAUGGUGAAGUUCCAAAACACAAGCUAUGAUGAUUAUUACCGAGGUUUUAAUCCCAACACAACGUUUGUUGGAGAGGGAUCAUGGGAUGACAGCAAGAAUCAGUUCUGCAUCGUGGCUUGUCGAAUCUUGAAUCUGCCCGGAGAUGGUGGUGUCGGGGAUUGUUCUUUAAGGUUGAGCUUGAGGUACCCUGCUGUCUGGACAAUCAAAAAUGCCUACAGAGGUGUGGGAGAAAUGUGGACAAACAAGACAGCCCAGGAUUCUGGGUACUUCCAGAUGAUGAAGUUCAGAAGCACUGAAAUCAACAUGGAUGGAUAUUAUUAUUCUCUUCCAGGUCUAAGCUACAAGUACACAGAAACAGAGAAAGUAACAAAGCAAUGCCCGCCACUCAAGGCCGCCAUGAAAGAUGAGGAGAAAUACCCAGAUGGGAAAUCUCGUGAUAUGAGACUUGACAUCUCUGUCCAAUAUUCUAAACAACAACACUCCUCGACCUGGGGCAGUGCAUUUCCAAUCUUUGCUGGUGAUGAACUCUUUGAAGAUAAUUAUGUUCAAGUAUCUGAAAUUUCUGAAGUUGGCGGUGUUGAAGCUGAAUUUUAUGGAUUUAACACAAGUUCUCAGAAAGUCAGUUCUAGCAGCCCUUUGAAAAUGAGUUACUUGAUCAGCUUCUAUGCAUCUUAUAUCGAUUUCACAAAGGAGAUUGCCUCGCUAAAUUUAUCUCUGAAUUCUAGAGGUAAAGUAGAGAUCAUUGCUGAGGGGAUUUACCAUGGCAAAACGGGGCAUCUGUGCAUGGUUGGGUGCAGAAAGCUGGAAUUUCAGACUCAGAAACCAGAACAGGAUUCUCAGGACUGUGAGAUUCUUGUUGAAUUCGACUUCCCCUCAGUAAACGCCAGGAGGAGAAACCUGAUGAAAGGAAGCAUACGAAGCACACGAAAGGCGUCUGAUCCUCUCUACUUUGCGCAGCUCAACAUUACUUCAACUGCUUACUACACUAGGUACGCCAGGGAAUCGAUAUGGAGGAUGGAUUUAGAGAUCAUAAUGGUGUUGAUUUCCAACACCCUCGCCUGCAUCUUCGUCGUUCUACAGCUUUUCUAUGCGAAACGCCACCCUGAAACGCUUCCUUUCAUGUCACUGCUAAUGCUGGUUGUCCUCACCCUGGGCCACAUGAUCCCUCUGGUGCUCAACUUCGAAGCCCUCUUCUUGAGCAGCCAUCAACGAAGAACACGACGCUCCAUGUUUGGGGCGGAUGGAUGGAUCGAAGUGAACGAGGUGAUCGUGAGGGUGGUCACCAUGGUAGCCUUCCUCCUGCAAGCCCGCCUCCUGCAGCUAGCAUGGAGCGCGAAAUGGGAAACCGGGAAUGGAAAAGGGCUGUGGGUAUCAGAGAGGAAAACAGUGUUUGUUUCCUUCCCUCUUUACAUUGCAGGUGGAUUGCUCACCAUCCUGGUGAAAUGGAUGUGCAACAAAAACAUGGCUACAGGGACAACAUUAUCUUAUUAUUCUCCCUAUCAGGACAACAUUAAUCCACAAUCUUCCACCUGGGGUGGUUUAAGGUCAUACGCAGGAUUCAUUCUGGACGGUUUUCUGUUCCCACAGGUUCUCUUCAACAUCUUCCACAGCUCAAGAGAGGCGGCGCUGUCGCGGUGGUUCUACAUGGGGACCACCUUAGUGCGCCUGCUGCCACACGCGUAUGAUCUUUACAGGGUUCACAACUAUGCUGCUGCCAUGGAAGUAGAAGGGUCGUACUUGUACGCGAACCCGAGGGCGGAUUUCUACUCCACGGCUUGGGAUAUCAUCAUUCCCUGCCUGGGAAUGCUGUUGGCUGUGAUCAUUUGGUUGCAGCAGCGGUUCGGUGGCCGGUGUUUGCUUCCCCGGAGGUUCAGAGAUUCUGUGGCGUAUGAGAAAGUUGUGGCUGAUGAUAGCGGUGCAUAG